AUGGCUUGCCUUGAGCUUGAAAAAAAAUUAGGAAAAGUUCGAAUUCAUGUUCCUGUUAAACAUCACACUCAUGUAAUCACGAAAACGAAAGUAAAAACAGUUCACAUUGGAAUUCCAAUCAAAGAGUCAAAACCCCAUUGGGAUGAAGAUUGGGCGUAUAUAUUGUCAAUAUAUUUGAUCUUGGCAGGACCAAAAAUCAGAUUACCUGAUGUCGAUGAUGACAUUGAUUACAGAUGA